AAUUAAUAAAUUAUUUAAGCACAUAAAAAUAUGAGUACCAAAACUAAUACAACAGUACACAAGAUUAUCGAGACUAUAAGUGGUGUUUUCUUCGCUCUCCGACCUAUUUGUUAGACGUGCGUAACAACAAAUAGACACAAUGCGGCCAUUUACCUUAGGUGCUGUGUUCCUCUCCUUAGUCAUCAUAUCAUAUCAGGCGUAUGUUGAAAAGUCAGACAAAUUACUAGGAAAUCCUAUGGAGUCAGAUCACAUGGUAAAGAGAAUACGAAGAACUUCUGACAAUAACAGACAAAGUGAUUUCAAUCAGUUCGUGGAAGACAAACUAAUUCAGCAUACUCAGGCCCUGGAACAUCUCGUUAAUUUGGUUCAGAGGAACGAGGACACGAUUAAGCAGCUUGUUAAUACUCUAACUCGAAAGGUUGCGAAACCUAUACCAAAGCUUCCUGAAAAGUUGUACGUACAUCAGACCAGACGCAGUGGCGGAGAAUCUGAUAAGGAUCCAAUUUCACGUCAGCCUGUCACUAGUAAACCUAUGUUUGUACCAAAUGCUCAAGCCGUGAAAGACAAACCAAGUCCUUGGUGUUCAGUGGCUGUAUUGUGUGAAAGGACCAUGGACACAGUUUGUGGAUACGAUGAUAAUUUUGGUUAUGGUAAAUUUGAGGAUAUAUGUCACAUGCUACAAGUUAACUGCUAUUGGAAAUACAACUUCGCUUUCGUGCCAUCAUGCAAACCAAUAUUGUAAAUGAUCUAAAUAAUCAAUUAGGACCUUCUUUACUUUUAGAAAUUGCUCAGAUCAAUUUCAGAAAAAUACAUGUAAAAUGUUGUAUUUGACACACUUACAUAAGAGACAUAAAUAAUUUAAAAUAAACUUUUAUGCAUAAA